UACGGUAAAGAGUAAAAGAGAAAACAAUACCAAGUCCAAAAUGUUUUAUCAUUACGACUACUGUGCUGAUGUAAACAAAUAUUAAAUUUUUAGCUAAUAUAAUAAUAUUUUCAACUUGCAAUGGAGGAAGGAAAUUCAAUAAUAUACGGUUUAGAACACCAGACAAGAGCUCUCUCCCCUCAAUACGGAGAGAGUGACGCAAUCAGGUUCCUAAUAGGCACACAGAGCCUGAAGCCUAAUUCCAAUCAAAUACAUGUUGUGGAACUUGAAGAGGAUACCGGAGCCUUGCAUACUAAGGUGUUCAAGCAUGACAUCGGUGAGGUGUGGCAUCUCCGGUGCUCUCCACACGACGCAGCCACUCUGCUCACCACGCACAACUCGUAUGAUCCUGCCACCUCGCAGUGCACCAUGGGAGUCUCUAUAUUUAAACUACCAACUGUUGAGGUAAUACCGAAAGACUUGGAUGAUCUGAGCGCCAUUCAAAGCAGGAAUGCCGAAGAUAUGGAACUGCUUCUAACCAUCAAACCAGAGAAACCCGAAGAAGAGAUACGUUGCGCAGAAUGGCACCCGACGGACGCGAGUAGAGUGGGCGUGGUCUGCGAGGGCGGAGUCCGAGUGCAUGACGUCACGGGCGGCGCCGCCAUCAGCCGGGCCGCUGCGUCAGCCCGACUCAAGUUCACUGGCGGCAAGUGGAACCCACAUCAAGGACAUACGCAGUUCGCAGUGCUACAGGACACACAUAUAAAAUGCUACGACACUCGCUCCGACUGCACUAAACCGUCGUGGAGCAUCGACAAUGCGCAUACGCAACUUGCCAGGGAUCUCGAUUUUAAUCCUAACAGACAAUUUCACUUAGCUAGCGCGGGUGACGACGCCGCUCUCAAAAUAUGGGACUACAGGAAUGGAAAGGAACCUAUCUUCAGCAGAACUGACCAUUCGCAUUGGGUAUGGACAGUCCGCUACAACACGUUCCACGAGCAGUUGUUGCUGUCAGGCAGUUCGGACGCGCGCGCACUGCUCACUGCCGCCGCUAGCGUGUGCUGCGACCUCGACGAUGACGGCAAACGACUCAGCCAAGUUCUAGAAGACGGAGUACUACAAUCAUAUGAACAGCAUGAGGACUCAGUGUACUGUGCAGAGUGGAGCGCUGCGGAGCCCUGGACCUUCGCCUCCCUGAGCUACGACGCCCGGCUCGUACUCUCGCGAGUCCCCAGACAUUUUAAAUACAAAAUAUUGCUGUAAACUCACAAUAAGCAAUGGAAUCUAGUAUAUUUCUAUUUAUACACAAGGUGUUAUAAAAUAAAGGCAAGUUGCAUCUCCAUUUGGAAGAAGAGGGUCCUAAGAUGAGGUUUCCUAGUAGGCAAUUCGCUUGUGGUAUUUUUUCUGUAACACCUUGUACAAUGAUUUUAUUGUAACUUUCGUGAGACAUACUAAAUUAAUUAUUAUGUUAUCGGCUUACUCACGUAUCGUUUUGACGAGGAACUCGACUAGUUUCAAGCCAUGCUAGAGGCUCAUAUUCAUGAGCAGCAUUACGCAACACACGACGCGGCGAUUGUCGCACUGCUACUGGCGAUUCGAGCUACGCGCCCAUCGCGCCCUCUGCCUGGAAUCGCGCGUACUAUCCGGCGCGCGCGACGAUGUUGGCUCGUUAGACUCGCUCGCCGGCGGCUGCGCAGGUGUUGGGUUCGAUUCUCCUCUAGCAUGGCUUGAAACUAGUCGAGUUCCUCGUCAAAACGAUACGUGAGUAAGCCGAUAACAUAAUAAUUAACCUUGUACAAUGUUCAGUUUUCAUAUUUUAACAUUUAAUGCAAAAUAUUAUUUAAGUUUACUUUGUUAUGUCACAUUCCAUGUAACACAUUAUUCAUUAAGAAGUAAAGUAUUUAAUAAAAACACAUUGUAUUUACAAAUAA